AUGCAAAGUGAUGAUUUAUUCCAAACUUCUUAUGGAGUUGGACAUCACUGGAGGAAAGGGUUUUAUUUCCCUGAUUCUGACACAAUGGCCAAACUUAGUAAAAGACUUUCAUGGAGUUUAGAGCCCGAAUCUGCAGUUCAGUGUGACGAUCAGUAUCAAACGUCGAACAGGCUUGCGUACGAUCGGAAGGUCCCGAAGGAUUAUUUAAAGUGUCCACAAAAUCCUCUACCACCUCAUCACUGGGAUGUUCACUACAUAAAUGAUUUUCGUUCACGAUUUCUCCAUGGAGGCCACAGAAGACCGCUAAGCCCAAGUCAUCAGACAACUGAAACAAAAGAAUCGUAUGGUAGUGUUAAUGGGCUCAGUGGACUGUGGCGUCCAUUAUCAAUGCGACCUUUUGAAAUUGAAGAUCAUCAUAAGGAUGGACCAUCCAAAAACAUCAUCCCGUCUACUAAAAACGCUAGUUUAUCAGGCAGAGUGUCAUAUCCCAAGGACAAAGAAAUAUUAAGAUACAUGGAUCCAUAUCUUACGACAUAUAUGAAAGACCAUAGGGUUUGGAAACCUGAAGAACUAAAGGAAAUAUCUCAAAAGAAUAUACCGACAUACUGGAAUUCAACAGACUACUUGAAGUCAAACGUGUUUGGUUUAGACUCCAAACCAAUAAUAAAAGAAGGCAUUGAAAACGAAAAACAACCUAUGAUUGACACACUGAAGUUUAAUUGUCCGACAGAAAGCACUAGAGUACAACCGAUUUCCCAUCAUGUAGCACAUACAGGUUUUGAAAGCACUUACCAGUCGGAAUACAAACAGCCCAAUAGUUUAUUAAGAAAAGCGGAUAAAGUGUGCCCAACAGAAACACCAUUCAUUUUGCCAGAUCCUGGAACUGUCCUAGCCCAUGCUGCACCAAAUAUGUAUAAAACGGAAUAUUCUGUUAUAGAUGAAAGGAGUUUUAACGAUUCAUAUUGUUUCAUACAAGAAUUUCGAGUCUUUAUGCAAUUAUCACCAUUCUUUCGUAUGCUUCUUAUAUACACGAUCGGUAUGCUUGGUGGAGGACUAAUUGUCCACCUCUACUAUGUACAACAUGAAGAGGAUUUGUAUACAGCAGCACUGUUUGCAGCCAAGUCACCGAAAUUGACAACAAGCGAUAAUACAUAUAAACAGUUGAUUCUUUCGAACGAUUCAAUACACGAACAUGCAUUACAACAUUUAGCCGAGGCAACAUUGGCUAACGUAUUGGCUAAACAAGUACGUGUGUUCUGUUGGAUACUAACAAUGCCAGCAAAUCAUAAAUCAAAAGCUGUUCAUGUGAAAGCUACGUGGGCUGGUCGAUGUAAUAACUAUUUAUUCAUUAGUAGUGAAACUGAUUCGCAUCUUCCUUCAAUAGCUGUUAUCAAUGCUGAAGGUCGCAACUUAUUGUGGAAUAAAACAGCUGGAGCCAUAAAAUACAUGGCAAAACAUUAUGCCAAUGAUUACGAUUACUUCAUGAAGGCGGAUGAUGAUUCAUAUGUGAUUGUAGAGAAUCUGCGCAAAAUUUUACAUAAAGAAAAUCCCGAUAAACCAUUUAUCAUGGGCAGACGAUUCAAGCCAUUUGUUAAACAAGGAUAUAUGUCCGGUGGUGGAGGAUAUGUGCUAUCUCGAGCUGGUCUUUUGAAUAUCGCUAAUGGUUUGGAAAAUAAUGCCGUUUGUCAAAGUAAUAAACAUGCAUUCGCUGAAGACGUGAAACUUGGCCAGUAAGCAUAGCUUCGAGCCAACGCUUUCAUCUUAUUGAUACCGGUAUGACUGUAGCGGAAUUGUCUCAGAACCUUGUGGUGUAAUGUUUUUUGGAAUAACGAUUCUAUCACCAAACAUAAUUGCUCCAAUCCAUUAGUCUGAAGCAUCUGAUGCUACUACGAUGGGUAAGGAUGGAUCGUAAUGGGUGAGCAACAGAUCCGAGAAUAGUAUUUUCUUGACUUCCUCAAAAGCAGCUUGGCAAGUUGUGGACCGAUCCCAUUUUACAUUCUCCGUCAGAAGGUUAUUUAAGGAGGCACGUAAGUGAUGAAGGUUAGGAAUAAAAGUUCUAUAAUGACUAACUAGUCCCAAAAAGAAUCGUAGUGUGAGGACACCCGUCGGUCCAGGCAUAAUUUUCACUGCCUAGGUAUUCUCUGGAUCUGGUCUUUUGUCAUCUUUGUUGAUUACAAAUCCAGGGAGGCGUACAUUUUGCAUGCAAUAGUUACAUUUCUCCACAUGGAGUCAUAUUCCAUAUUCGACUAAUCGUGACAGCACCUGGUCGAGCUUCUUUUCCAAGUCUAUUCUAUCUACUCUCAUAAUUAUUACAUCAUCCAGAUGAGCUGCAACACCUGGAACAUCCUGUAGCAUAUUAUCCAUUGCUUGCUGAAAUAUGGAUGUGGAAGUCUUGACUCCGAAGGGUAGUCGAUUAUGCCGGAAUAGACCCUUGUGUGUGUUUUCGGUGAGCAGAUUUUUACACUCAUUAGCAAAAGGAAUUUGAAAAUAAGCUUCUGAUAAGUCCAACUUUGCAGAGAGCUUACCUCCAUUCAGUUUAGCAAAAAGAUCUUCAGGUAGGGGUAAGGGAUACUGAUGAGUUUCUAGGGCUUUAUUUCGCCCAGUUGAGUAAUCGCCAUAUAAACAGACGCUGCCAGUAGUUUUCUUUACUACCAAUAUUCUGAGAAAUUCACUUGUUCAAUGACACCGAAUUUCUGAAGUCGUUGUGGCUCUUGUUCAUCCAGUGGGAAGGCAGCAUAUGGUACAGGUCUCUUAGGUCAAAACACUGGUUUUGAUUCAUUUCGAAGGGUAAGAACAGCUUUAAAUUUACUACAUUCUUCAAGACCAUCACUAAAUACCAUUUUAUGUCGUUUUAAUAAUGCUUCCACUGAGUUUUUCUCUUCAACUUUUGACGUACUGACGUUGUUACAGAUUGAGUUUAUGGGACGGUUCUAAAACUUCAACAUUUCUAUCCAGUCAAGCCCCAAUAAGUCGAGUGGUGGACAUUCUGUCAAAAAUAUUACUCCCUUCUCCGUAAACUCUUUGACUGUGACUUCGCAAUGAAUCUCACAAAAAAUGUUUAGAAUUCCCCCAGAUGCACUUUGUGCUGGUUGAUGAAUUGAAUAUAUUCGCGGUCUCCCAAUAUUUUUCUCCCACGUUCUCCUGCUUAUAAGUGUUAUAUCGGAGACUGUGUCUAACUGUAAGCGGGCAUCAUACCCACUAAUCUUGAGACAAACAUACUUUCUACGGUUAUGUGAGCUGGCUUUGUGAAGAGCCACCGUUACUUUAGCUGUUCGUGGCUUGAAUCUUUUCGAACACACUGUCUGUUAACGGCGUUUCCAGGUUUUGCAAUGACUUACUUUGUGCCCUUUUCUAGAACACAUAGUACAUCGAUGAUUUCUAGAAGGACAAAACCUUUUAGAACGCCAAACGCCACAUAACCAGUGUGAGGAUGAUGGUUUGUUGUUGUCAUUACGAUAAUUCUGCGUGCUGGUACCUUGUAUAACGUUUCUCUCGACUGCAUUGACGUGAAGGAACUUCUAGUGAACAGUGAUUGGAUGAAAUGCUACUUAGUGUUUCCUGAGCAUUUCCUGGCUUUUACGAGUUUUCUGGACCACCCAAAAAGCGUAGAACCUGAUUAGAACUUACUGGAAAGACUAUUAUUCGUUGACUUCAUUUUAUGUGUUUUGACAUACUGCAAAUUCGAGAACAAUAAAAGAAACAAUUCAAUGCUAAUCUUAUUCGAUACAUCUUCUUUUCCCUCCAUUGAUUACAGGAUCUUGUGCUGAAGCUACAAAUGUUUCAGUAAUUGAUAGUCUAGAUGCAGAAGGACGUGAAUGCUUUCAUCCGUUCUCUCCAUCACAUAUGCUUACAAAAGACACAAACGGCUACCCAGAAUGGUACCUAAAGUACAAUUACCACAGAAUAGAUACAGGAUUCGAUUGUUGCAGUGAUUAUGCUGUCUCAUUUCAUUAUAUUAGACCUGAAGAGAUGUAUCUCUAUGAAUAUAUGCUGUAUCAUCUACAUCCUUAUGGGAUACAUCGAGAUUAUGUGGAUUUAAUGAAUUAUUUACAACAGAAUAGAAUUUCCUGAUACAAUAUCACUAUUAUUAUUAUUAUUAUUAUUAU